UUGAAUCCGUUUAUCAACUACGACAACAUUCUAAACCAAUUUUCUAUGUUCAUCAUUCUAAACUAGAUUCAAAAAGAGAAACUAGAUUUAUCGAAAAGAAAAAAAACUGGAUCCGAUUAUCUACAUGUUUUACCCAUCGCUGAUAUGAUUAAAAAGUUCAAAAUUUUCAUCCAUAUACACCCACAUGAAUCAAAUUUGGAUGUGGAAAAUGAUUCGGCCAAAUUAUCGGGUGAACGACAUCGACUUUUAUCCAAACAAAAUGAUGAUGAUGAUGAUGAUUCAAGCAACUAUCGUACAAUAAAGAAUAAUAAUGAAAUAUCCAUGUCGUCGAUGAAAAAAGAUCCAAAUGAAUAUUCGGAUGAUCAUCAUGAUGUUGUUAAAAAACCAACAAAACCAUUACCAUAUCCAAAAUCGGUCAUUUUUAUCAUUGGAAAUGAAUUCUGUGAAAGAUUCUCUUUUUAUGGAAUGAGAACAAUUCUUAUUCUUUAUCUAAUGAAUCGAUUAAGCUAUGAAGAGAAUGCAGCAACAAUGGCAUUCCAUUUGUUUGCAAUGGCCUGUUAUUUUACACCAUUAGCCGGUGCUAUAUUGGCCGAUACAAUUUUAGGAAAAUAUUGGACCAUAUUGAUUAUAUCAUGUAUAUAUGUAGCUGGUAGUGUUGUUAUUGCACUUUCAUCGAUCAGUGGUUCGAAUCCAUUAACGUUGAUUGGAUUGGCAUUGAUAGCGAUAGGCACCGGUGGUAUUAAACCAUGUGUUGCUGCAUUCGGUGGUGAUCAAUUUAUUCGUGGCCAAGAACAACAAUUACAACGAUUUUUUUCAUUCUUCUAUAUUGCUAUCAAUAGUGGUAGUUUGAUAUCAACAUUUUUAACACCAAUCCUACGUGAAGAUGUUGGAUGUAUGGGCCGUUCUGAUUGUUAUCCAUUAGCAUUCGGUAUACCGGCUAUACUUAUGAUUGGUGCAUUAGUAUUAUUUGUGGUUGGACGUUUUUGGACCGGUUAUCGUGUUGUGCCGCGACAAAAACAGAACAUAAUCAUCACUGUUUGUAAAUGUGUUUAUCAUGCAUUAAUGGGAAAAUUUUCACCAUCAACCCUGAAACGAGAACAUUGGCUUGAUCAUGCUGAUCUUCAUUAUGAUCGUCAUACAAUACUUGAAGUAAAAACAUUGAUGCGUAUCCUAUUUCUUUAUAUUUCAUUACCAAUAUUUUGGGCACUAUUCGAUCAACAAUCAUCACGAUGGACAUUACAAGCAAUACGAUUGAAUGGUGAUUUUGGUUUCUAUACAAUAAAACCGGAUCAAAUACAGGUUAUUAAUCCGAUAUUGAUUAUUUCAUUUAUACCGAUUUUUCAAAAUAUUAUCUAUCCAAUUUUUGAUCGAAUUGGAUUGAAUAAACCAUUACGUCGUAUGGUUGUUGGUGGUUUAUUUGCUAGUCUUUCAUUCACCGCUUGUGGUAUUUUACAAACACAAAUUGAACAAAAAUUACCACCAAUAAUGGAUAGUGGUACUAAUCAUUUGAUGUUAAUACAAAAUAAUAGUCAUCAUCAUAUUGAUUCUAUGAACAUGUCCAUAUUCAAUGAAUUGGAUUCACGAAUCAAAUUCAAUCAAGAUUCAUUAAAAAUCUAUACCAGUAUUGAAAGAACAACAUUGAUGGAUACAUUUAUUGUUCCAAAUGAUUUGAAUAUUUCAUUGAAAGAUGAUCAAACAUUGGUCAUUUAUUGUGAUAAUCAAGACAAUGGUGAACAAUCAACUCAACAAUCAAUGCCAUUGAUAUUUGUUUUGGAUGAUAAUGUUCUUAGUAAACCACAUGGUAGUGGUGCACAAAUGUUUACAAUAUUUAAUUUGAAUAAUUUCAAUAAUGAAACAUUUUCAUCGACCGAUACAAAUGAUAAUGUUGUUAUUGAUACAAUAUUUCAACAGAAUUCUAAUACGACCAAUGUCAAUACAAUUGGAAUAUUGAAACCAUUCGAAGUGGAAGUGAAAGGAAAAUCAUCAUAUAUGAAUGUUGGCCAUGCACAAACAGAAUAUAAACUUGAUCAAGGUGCAACAUAUAUACAAUUGAUCACUGGUGAUAUGACCAAAGUGGAUAAAAUUAAUUUCAAAUUAAUACAAUUAAUUGAUGGGAAUAAUAUAUCCGUAUUAUGGCAAUUAUUUCAAUACAUGUUGAUAACGGCAGCCGAAAUUAUGUUCUCCGUAACUGGAUUAGAAUUUUCAUAUUCACAAGCACCAAAAUCAAUGAAAUCUGUGAUACAAGCUGCUUGGUUAUUAAAUGUUACCAUUGGUAAUCUAUUGGUUGCCAUUAUUGCUGAUGUUAAAUUGUUUCCAAAACAGUCAAUGGAAUUUUUCUUUUUCGCCAUACUCAUGUUAAUCGAUAUCGGUAUAUUCGCUACACAAGCCUAUUUUUAUGUACCAUAUAAAGGUAGAGAUUCUACUGGUCAACAUUAUGAUUCAGAACCAUACGAUAAUGAUGAUGGACGUCGUUCAAGAGUAUGGUCAAUGGUAUCUGCUGAAGGUGAAUUACCAAAAUUGAAUCCAGUCAUACUUGAUGACAAUGAAUAUGAUCAUAAUGCUACAUGGACUAGUCGUACAAGUAGAACUAGAAUUUAAGAUUAUAAUCAGAUAACAAAACAAAACAAAAAAAAUUUGUACAAAAAAUAACUAUUAUUUUGAAUGGCCUCUUUUUUUUGUCUAAAA